AUGCGUUUUCUUUGUCUACAUGGCCAUGGCACAAAUUCGCGAAUCCUCGAGACGCAGCUGGAGCCAUUGAGAGCUCACUUGCCUAGUGACUGGGAAUUUGAAUUCUUGGAUGGGGAAAUGAGCGCAUCACCACCUCCUGGAAUUGAUCAAAUAUUUCCGGGACCAUAUCUUUGCUACCACGGUGAACCGGUUCCUGAGGAUGUGUGGAAUGCGUACAAUCUUAUCAUGGAGGUAGUACAGGAAGAGGGUCCAUUCGACGGUGUUAUCGCAUUCUCACAAGGUGCCGGAGUGGCUUCUACUAUCAUUGCCCACGAGGCAAAAACUAACCCUGAGAUGGAGCUUUUUAAGGUUGCUGUGUUCCUUUGUGCCACGAUGCCUUUCGAUCUUGAAGCCGGGACCCUGAAACUAUCAUAUAAUGGACAUGUGGACAAUCUUGAAGCGGAGUAUCAACCACCAGAAAAUGAAGAAAAUUCGAAGGGUGACGAAGCCAUAAAUUGGCUACAAGAUUGUAGAGCCGCUGGUGUUAUCCAAGAAUUCCAGGCCAGAAGAACGGAUGUCCUCAGUUCAGGACGAGAGAGCAUAGAUGUCUUGCUCCGCUAUCAUCCAUCCGUCAAUGAUGUGAAGAUUACCAUUCCAACAGUUCAUCUAAUUGGCGAAAAGGACGAGUUCGCAGAUCAAGGCCGGAGUCUGGCUGGGAUAUGCGACUCUAAGCUCGCGCGAGUUGUGACACAUGAAGGUGGUCAUCAGCUACCCAGGGAUCCACGCACUCUUGCCAAGACUGCAGAGGCGAUUCAAUGGGCAGUUGACCGAGCCCUUUAUCUUAACUAA